AUGUCGCUUGCUGGGACGGGCGACUUUGGCGAACACGCUUCUCUGGGCGAGGACCCAGGGAUGUGCACCGAAAAAAGGCUCAGAGACAGCGUUUGGUCCUCCGACAUAGAAAAAAGCUUCAACGAAGCCUUGAAGAUUUAUCCUCCAUGCGGGCGGCGAAAAAUUAUUUUGUCAGACGACGGAAAAAUGUUCGGUAACUAUAUUUGUUUAAAUGCAGCUAACUAUAUCCUAACCAAGACUUUUUAUAUGUUCGUUUUAUUACAUACGCAUGUGCAUAUGUUUUAAAAUAUCAUUUUUGAGAUUUAAUUGCAAGAAAUUUCUUACAGGAAUGCGCGGCAAACAAUUUUACACCUCUAAACUUCCUAAAGUCCUGACUAUUCUCCAUUCGGCUCCAAGUUUAGAUCUUGCUAGGGAAUUGUCAACAUCCCUUUUAACAUUAAACAAUAGUGCUUCGUGCUUCUGAAAGCUACAGCCUUCCAGCCUAUCGCACAGCAAACGGCAACUUUCUCUUGAGUUUUUCUGUGUCCGUGUACGGCGCCGAAAUGGAGACUGGCAAAUGUAAUCACCGACAGUCGGGAACAAUAAAAGAUCUUAUUAGAACCAACGUUGGUUCCAAAUGCACAAUACUACUCAUUUAGAGCUUUCCAGAUAUUAUCUAGGUCUUGGGGCCUAAAUAAAUUGUACCAACAAUGUCAGAUUUCAUAGAUAUUUUGCAGCUUUAUGAUGAGGAGCAUGUAAACUAUAGUGUCGCGGCAGAUAACCCGAACAAUCCUGAUCUGGUGAUGCCAAAUAAACUUCAAUACAAAAUAGCUAGUGCGCUGUAAGCGACAUUUAGAUUCCCGGAAGGAUAUAUUACUCCAGAAGGCUCUAGUUCUUUCACGCGGUUCAAUAUUUUUAAGAACUUUCUUAGGAAACGCGUUGGUCAAUGAGAAUAAACCAGCGAUUUCAGUGUGAAACCUCAGAGCUUAUUAACCACGAAAUUUUGCUGGGGUUCACUUCGUAAAUGAAGCCAAUUCAUCCGCUGUUAAGCCAUCCAAACCUAAUGCCGAAAUAAUUUUUAACAUAGGUCAAUAUUUUUGUUUUUCAUGGCACCACAACGCUGAUACGACAUGCGUUCACGAACGGUAUGACCGCAGCUAUUCGAGUUCAUUAUUUUAUGCCAUUAGCCUGCCGCAAACAAUCUGGUGCAUGCAAUUUUGUAGGAUGAUGAAAAUGAAGUUAAGUGUAGAAUGUCAGUUUGGCACUACCAUACACGCACUACAUACUACUUAGGCGACUUGUUUGGAACGUUUCGCAUAAAUCCAGAAAAGCCAUGACUGUAGAUGACCUUCAAGGUAUCUAGCUGACCAUUAAGCGCAAUACCACUUGUUGAAACCUCUUUUUGUGAUGGUUAAGUCAAGUCACUGCUUAAUAACGUCUUGUAAACGUGUGCUAUCUAGCCUCCGAGGAUCUGCUCGAGGUCGUCCUAGAACACAUGUAUAAAUCAUCCAAAACUGCCUAUUUCACUGAUUUUUUAAUAUGUUCACUAUAGAUUUGACUGAGUUGAAAAUGAUAUCUGUUUUUGACUAAACGCCUAUUAAUGCGUGGUUCCUUCAUAUACCACUUAUUUCCAGUAUUUUUAGGAUGUGACGUUGAAUGUAUCAGGAAAUUUGACAGGCAAAUGUGAGAAGCAGUUUUACUCCUGGCGAAGCGCAAGUACUUGGGAUAGAAAAUAGUUUGGUUGUGUUUAAUUUAAACGGACAGUCCAUUUAGACAGAACGAAAUCAAGAUCACAUUUCGAGCAUUCUCUAGACGUCUGCAUAUCAUAUUUUAACAUGCACAUACAACGAUAUUAGCUGGGAACAAUAAUCGAGUGUCGCUUGUCUUAUUUUCUAUCUGUCCGACCUUUUAAGCAUAAACAUGAUCAUGUAACUUUUAUUACAUUAAAUGUUCUUUUAGAGGUGUUGGGUUAUUUUAAUUUAGAGCGGUUUCAAUAACGGAAAUUAUAACAUAUCAUUUGAUAAAGGCUGUUUUGAUGGGUCUAACCCUUACAAUGACCGUCACCAUAGUAGCGACAGUAUUAUUCUGAGAUGACCGUUCGCCAGAUAAUUUAAGUUUCAGUAAUUCAUCCACUGUUUGGAUUUCCUGAUUAUCCUGCGCAGUGCAUAAAAUUAUUGUUAUUAACAAGUACGUCUGACGUCCUCUAUUGAAGCUAUGAGUGCACCGGUGACGUCAAAGUUCUGAUUUCUCUUUUUUAUAGUGUCCGUUCUAAACAGAUUAGCGGAAGUAGUUGUAUGAGAUUUUAACCAUUGUCAAGCAGACUUCGUCGCUGUUCUUCCGUCGAAAAUUAUAACGUCAAAUGCAGGGUUUUCGUGACCAUUCACUAUCAUUAUCUUCAUACUUUGCGAAGAUACGGGCUAAUUAGGUUUGUAAUCUAGGCUUUCACCAAUACAGUAUAUCACCUAACAAAUAGUUAUUGGUACCACAAUCCCUCUUCUCCAACUUUAGGCACGAUAUUCAUAAAUCUAGACCGACUCUGAUUUUCUGCCUGUGUUAUUGCCCUGUAGGAUCUGGCCAAUCUUCUAAUGUUUUGUGGCUGGGUCGUCUAAGAGAGCCAAAUAUAUCUUACUUAUUGUACAUAUCAGCCCUUAGAUAAACCAGUACGAGGAAGUAACAUUUUUUCCUUCUAUUCUCAGGAAUUUGUCGAACAGGCUGUAAAUGGACACGAAAAUCAAGUACCAGCUGUUCUCGCCUAGUGUUUUAGAAUAUCAACUUAGGCUAACAUAGACUAGAGCUUGUUUGUUUAAUUACCGACCGAGACUAAAUUUUGUCGACGCGAUUCACAAGUUCGUUUCUACUUUCCGCCACGUACAUACAUGAGAAAACCUAUAUUAAGUACCAACCCUUUCUCAAUUUUUGUUUAUUUGUCAUUGCUACGUCACUCUUCAAUACUGCCUCUUUAUUAUAACGGGGGCGAUAUUUUCUUGGCACGUGUUUCUAAUUUUUUACCGAAUAGCUCCGCCCACAGACAAUUUAUUGGCAACAUGACUUCGCCGCAAUAGUUUUUAGGAUUUAGUCCGGAAGAAAUAAAAGAGCCUUGAUUGUUAAGAAUAUGAUCACUGAAUCGGUCGUUUAGACUCCGACAUCUACUGUUCAGUGUAUGCUAAUUGUUGCGCUCAAAACUGUCCACGCUUUAGAUACGCUGAACCAGCGCGAGGACCACAUCAGAUUCUAACAGGUUUUAUCGAAAAUGCCAAAAUUCAGGGCGUGGCGGGCUCACUCCGCACUAUCGCUCCCCACAUUAUUUGUUGUUGAAAAUCCUAGCCAAGUUUUUGAUGUGAAGAAGGGGUGAGGUGUUACGCCUAGUUGCGGUAUUUUGCCGUGUCAGCUAGCAGCGGCCUAGCGCCUUCAGUUUUUAUGAAUUGGUCAUGACAGCGAGCUGAGACCGGGCAGAUCCGGCGCACGUCACUGCCCCUGCACUCACCCUACUGUGGAGCACACAGUGGACAUAGUUGAUUGCGACGGUCGAAAUGUCGUAUGUGUAAAUAGGUAGUGCCUCCCAGUCGAUGACUGAUUACUUAACCUGCAGCAUUUUUAUGGCACUGUGCUUAUGCGCCCACUAAGUAUACAGUUCGUGUGCAUAGCUUCCCACGCAUCCUCGUCUUUUUGACCCAUUGUGGUGCUGUUGUUGUUUAAAGUCCUGGUCAAGUGUUUGUCGUGGACCGGGGGGCGUAAUUGUAUGCCUAGAUGCGGGUCCGGCCGUGCCAGCCACUUGGGCCCUCUCCUGCCUCUGGUCUUCUUGACUGUGCCUUGACACCGGGUCCUCGUGGGGAGUAGCUGGCGCGGUAGAUGCUGUACAAGCCUGCCAUCCCUAUAAACUAAUUCAAGCACAAGUCCCCAUCUCUGCUCUCACCCUGCUGUGGAGCAUACAGCGGACAUCGUCGGCAGCGACGCACAAACUGCCGCGUGUGUAGGCGUGUGUGUGUGUGUGUGCCCCAAAUCGGGCCACGCGUAAGAUGCGCUGGACCAACACGGGAGCUAGACCGGAGUCCGAUAGGCUUUAUUGGGCAUGCGCCCUCAUAACAAACGCAAACAUUCGGGGCGUGGUAGCAGGGCCAAUUACUGGCUCAUGUCGCACCCAUUGGGAUGCAAGCUGCCCUCAAUAUUUAUUGUUGAUGAAAAUCCUAGUCAAGUGUUUGUUGUGGACCAGGAGGUGCGGUUCGACCGUACCAGCCAGCUGCGGCCUCUCGUGCCUCUGAUCUUUUUGACUGUAUCUUGACACUGAGUCCAGGUGAGGAGGUGUAGUUGGUGCGGUAGAUGCUGCGCAAGUCCAUUCUCACGAUAAACUAGUACAUGCGCAAGUCACCAUCCCUGACCUCCCCCUGAUACGUAGACAUCAUCGGGCAUGAAUUUCGAACUGUCGCAUGCAAAUUUAGAAUUGAAAGGAAACAGCGUAGAUGACAAAUCCAAGUGUUCAACUGCGGACUACAGGCAUACAUAGUUUUUUUGCGUUUUUCCAUCUAGAGGUUAGAGGACUCGGAAAAGCAUCGCAUUAUAUGAAGACUUAUAUGGGCUUGCGUGAGUCUAUUGCCUUUCUUCAGCCUCUUAAAUAACGUUGUUCUUAUGUAAUAUUCUCAUUGAAAAUUGGGCAGUACAACGUUUUAAAUUAUUGACAGGGCAAUAGAAGUUUCAUUUAUUAAUAGCCGGACGUCCAUUAGUAGACUCUCACUUGACGACGAAGAUGUAAAGUUGUCUACCGUUGUGAAGGAAUUCCAAUGAGGAAAAGUGUGGCUAACAGAUUAAAGGCGUUACUCAGGAGAUAAUUAUCAGUUUCUGGGUUUUGUAAUAACCCACUGAGUCCAAAGAACUCGACUGCGCCUACUUUUUAGGAAAUAUCUGGCCGACUACAAUGACAAUUUUCAAAGCACGAGAGUCCGGUGUUUAAAGACUUUAUUAGAAAAUAAGAAACGCGCGAAAAAUUGCAGGCCAAAUUCUAACAACGUAGAUUUUAAAUCAUUCUCUUAUCUAUUCAAUUACGAAUAGGUUAUUUUGAUGGACUUUCCUUCGCGCUUAAUUAUAUUCAAAUAUUUAUUAGUUCUGACUGGCAGCUGCUUCAGUUGCCUGCAUGUGCUGCUCGCAAGACUACCUCAUCCUUUUUACGCUCACUGGCAUCAGCAUAUGACAUACGGUAUUGAAGACAGACCCCCAAGACCACACGAACCACGCGACAAUGUGUAGAUGCCAUUGACGUGGUAUCAAGUCAAAAAACUGUAGACAAUGAUGUAUAGACUCUAUCAGCCCUUCCGACCAAAGCAGCUGAUGCAAUUUCCUGGCCUAAAAUGGACAAUUAGACUCACAGUGGCCUAUGUCAGUCUGCUUAACUUUCAACCACUUGUUCACAGAGGGGUCAUAUUUUCUCCUAAAGACCCUUUAACGUUACGCAAGUAACAAACUUGCUCAUCCACUUUGUGCAACAGAACCUCUGACACCAAUGACUAGGAAGGGUGGGAGUGCCUCACCAUCUGUCGCGCUAUUACUCCCGCCCCCAGGGCGAAAUCCAAGCUUCAGAAGCGAAGACCAGAGGCGGUAGAGGACGGAGCGCUCGCAACGCGGAAGCGGCUCUCAGGCCGGCUGCGUGCACGAGGCGGAAGUCGCAGCCGCUCAAUCUGAUUGGAUAAGCUGGGCAUGAUUGGCGCAGGCAUUUUGAUCUAAGCCUACCGCUAAUUCAUGUCCUCAGUUAUCGCCAUCUCAGCAUCACCGCUCGACUCAAUUUGAAGACAUCUCGGUGACAGAAUUAAGACAAAGAGGACUAAGCAGCCCAGAGUUUACCCCGUUAGUGGUCGCCAUCGCCGCCGCCAGGGCUUUUUGUUAAUUUAGGCGAGAGACUGUCGGUCUCGAGUCAGCUCAACUAGAUCAGCACAGCAAAUGAAAACAGGAGUUAGAACCGCUUUUUAAUUCGGCUUCUUGUUAACCCAUCAAACCGAUAAUUUCGCCGAGCAGACUAGAAUGAAAAAUCAGUAAAAUAAGUCUCUUUGCGAGUGACAGGAGGAUAUAUGAAGGUAGCACUUCUUACUGACCUUACCAUUUUUGCCAUGAAUACAGCUUUGAGAUUUCACAUUCCUUGGUCCGAUCAUGGCUGGUUACUUCCAGAAGACAUAAGAAAAUACUGUAUGUUAUCCUUAUUUUCCUUCUCAGCUUGACAUACGAAUGUUAAAGGAUAGGUGACCUCUGGUUCACGGAAGUGAAACACACAGAUCUAUUCUGAUUGGAUGGCGAAGUAGAAAUUGCCGCUUUCCUUUGGGACAUCAUCGGCUGAUGGCGACAUAGAUGCCCGAAAUGAUCAUUCUAGUGUCAUCCUCUUUGCCGAUUAAACUAUCUAGCUCUUUAGUCAUUCGGCUUCUACAAUGUAAGGUUUGGGUUUAAGCAAGUCAGGUGUUAAUUUGCUCGCAUUCUACGUCUUUUUCCGUUUGAUAUGCUGGCUCCCAUUGACAAAUUUCAAACUACGGAAAACCAGAUUUAAUAACAAUAUGUAAGUCGCCGCUCUGUGUGGUGAAUGCAUCGCAAGUCUGCUACCAAUAUUAACUACUUCUGGGCAACUCAACGCGUCUGCACACACCACGCUGUGGGACACUCGGGGGCGUCAUCUUUCGAGAUGGCCAAACUGUCAUAUUGACUCCAAAAGAUCGUUUGCAAAUUACGAGCAAAUUUCAAGCAGUCAACAGUGGAUCUCCAGGCUACAUAUUCAGUGUUUCGACUGAGUCAAUCUGGAUUAAGUGGCUGGUUGAAAAUAAAAACUGAACAACGGAGAUGAAAAAAACGAAAGAGCCUUGCCUCAUGCUAGAGGUAUACUAUUAUGAAUCCCUCAGGACUUCGAUGACGCAUCCCGUGUUUCACGCAAAUAAGGUUUUCAUAAUAGUUUGAACGUCAUGCUCGACGAUGUCCACCGUAUGCUCCACAGCAGGAUGGGAGCAGGGAUAGUGACUUGUGCUUGGAUUAGUUUAUGGGGGUAGCAGACUUUCGCAGCAUCUACCGCAGCAACUACUCCCCACCUGGACUCAUUGUCAAGACACAGUCAAAAAGACCAGAGACAGGAGAGGGCGCAAGUAUCUGGCACGGCCGGACCCGCACCUAGUCACACAACUACGCCUUCUGGUCCACAACAAACGCUUGACCAGGACUUUAACCAACAACAGCACCACAACUGGUCAGAAAGACGAGGGUGAGUGGGCAGCCAUGCACACGACCUGUAUACGUGGCGGGAGCGCAAGCGCAUCUACCGGAAGGGAACCAGGCGCCAUUACACGACCAGCGCACACCAGGUUGCAAGGACCAUGGUUUGGUGACCAUGGCAUAGCAGACGAUUAAAAUACUUGAGGCCCAGAAGGGUGAUACACAGCCCUACAUUGGCUUGGGCCGUCAGCCUUCAAAGACCGGCUAAAUAAUCAGUCUUGGGCUGGGAGGCGCUACCCAUGCACACACACACACUCCUCGCAUGCGUGAGAGGGCCAGGGGUCACGCUCAGAAGAAGCCGUUAUAGCCUGAAUCUCAGCGCACUGAUACGUCACUCCAAACAAGCACACAACUGGGCGGUCUCUGUGGACUGAGUUGGUGCGUAGGCCGGCAACUUUCCAAGCCACGGCGCUUGGCGUACCGUCAUAGUCUGAGACUCGGAUCACACAUGUAGCAGAAGAGCCAUAUGGAGAAGGAUCCGAGAAGCCCACUUCCCAUUUAAAUAAGAGGUGUUAGUUGAGUGUUUGCACUGUCCAGUGGUGGGUAAUGUUGUUGUGUGGUGCAGGCUUUGGUAAGGAGAGAUGUGAUGCUGUGGUGUAGCCGUUUGUCGAAUACCGAAGGUUUUCGUGAAUGCGCAUGUGGUCUAGCAGGUCCAUGCGGUGGCUGAAUGUACAAGAGCAGGGCGUGCAGUUGAGGGGAGUGCCUCUGGUGUAUGUUGAUGCCAUUUUUCGUGCGAUAGAUUCGCAGCUGACCGAUCAGGCCUAUGUGAGAAGCGAAUGUGCGAUCGCAAUAAGGACAGGUUGAAACCAAGUCCACAUCGCUGGAGGUGGGGUGGUGGUGGGGGUGGUGGUAGUGGUGGUGGUGGUGAUGGUGGUGGAUGUAUGGUCGACUGUCGGGACGCCAGGAGCGUUUUGGUCGCUGGCGGCGGUGGCAGAGGUGGUUAUGUUUGACCUCGUUGCGGUGUUUGAGGCAAAGAUAAUGGAGGUAGUCUUGGCCGACAGCAGUGCGGGGAUCCGAAGUAUCAUUGAUGAGGGCGGACGCUGAUGUGUUCGUCUUGUAGACUGCAGCAGGCGAGGUCGUUGAAACAGCAAUUGCGGUUGUCGGGCGGCCGAUGCAUAGGGUUCGAAAACGGGCGUAGGCGCCCGCACUAUCAACGAACAUUUCGUGUGCGGAUCGGUCCCGUCGGUCACCUUCGGACCCUAGCUCAUUCAUAGGGGGCAAGGACUAAUAACCUUUUUGGUUUAGGAUCAUUGAACCCGACUAAACGUCUUUAAAGUGUCCUAUGUCAUUGGAUGCGUUAACCUAACUUAUUCCCUACUUCAUCUACAUUGCCGCCGCAUAGAUAGUGUAUGGGCAUUCUUUUAGAGCAGGCCAAAACUUGGCUGCUGCGACCGCUUCUGCUAGAGAACUACCAAGUUGUUCACAUUCUGAUGGGCUAUAAUUUAUCUAAAACGGUAGUCUUCGAUGUAAAUGUCCAUUUCAUGGCUUCUGAUUAAACAUACUGCCUUAAGUGGAUAUGAAUGCUCAGUUUUCUCUGACCAAAAGACGACAGUGCUGUGUUUAGUUAGUUCACUUAUGCACGCUUUAUAUUUGCCCAUAACUUUCUUCCGUUGAAAGGCCAUUCACGUGUGCGCUUUGCUCCUAAAACUGGCCACGCGGUAAAUGCGCUGGACCAACACAGGGGUUAGAUCGAAGUUCGGCAGGCGUUGUGGGGAAUGCGCGCCCAUAACAAAUGUCAACAUUGUAGGGUGUGGCGGCAUGCUCAGGUCCAGGCGCACGCCGCACCAAUUGGGAUCCGAGCCGUUCCCCUUUUCUCUUGUGCAAAAUCCUGGUAAGUUUUACGUUGUGGCCCAGAGAGUCUGGCGGUACGCCUGGGUGCGGGUUUACGUCGUGCCAGCUACCUGCGCCCUCUCCCACUUCCGGUCUUCUUGACUUGGUCUUGACACCGGGAUCAAAUUGGGGAGGAGGGGAAAGCGCAUAAGAUGGUGCGCAAGUCAAUCAUCACCAUAAACAUCGUCAGUCACGACGGCCAAACUGUCGAGUGUAUGCGCCUUACCCGUGAUCUUGUGUGCAUAAUUACAGACCAGUUUUUCGCCUUUAGGUCGAAAUGAGCUCAUUGCUCGCUACAUUAAACUGAGGACUGGAAAAACCAGAACCAGAAAGCAGGUUUCCAGCCAUAUACAGGUGCUUGCACGCAGGCAAAGUAGGGAACUCCUUCCAAGCCUGAGUCAGACCGAACAGGAGGACGAUGAUGGUUUCGUCUAUGGCGACCUUCCUUCUCCUCUUGGUAAAAAUAUGCUCAUUUUCAUACUGAAGCAAUUUUUUAAAAUAAUAAGUCCUUAACCUUUUUCACUUGUGUCAUCCGUCGGUAGCUUUGUUAUGCUUAGAAACUUACUAUCCAGCGUGGUCAUUUUUACUUUGUUCCUUGUCAUCCUUUACUGUAUAUUCCGUCUUUAUGUGAAUAAAAGGGAUUUUUGGAGGCACAGAAAUGGACAGACAACUUUAUCCGUUGACUGUCGGCAGUAGUUAGUUAUACAAGGAAGUAAUGAAGCUCGCAUCUUACCCAAUGCCAAUAUCUCAUCUGCUGACCAUCAACACCCGGCUAAGCACAGCGACCACUCUCUAAUAAAGGGUCAUAUUCCCAGCCAAACUAAAUUAGCGUUUCUUGGAGUGUCGUCCUAUCCGGUGAAGCCGUCUCUGUAGCACACAUCAGUCAAUAGGAGGAACAAAUUUUUGAAUGGACUGCCGGAGCACCAUUGUUUGCGAGCUCUGAAUGAACUUUUUAGGGAUUGAUGUCACUGAGAAGAGCAGUUUCGUCUCCGUCGUCAACGAAAACCACACCCAUGAAUGGAUAAGGACUUUAUUCUCGACCAGCCUCGGAAAACUACCACAUUGGCUGUCCUUUUUACGUGAUAUUACCACUAGACUUCGGCAAAAUCGUUUAGAGAGCGUGGGACUAUUAUAGUUCCUAAUCAUUCUCUAAGUCUCACACAAGUCACCAUUCAGUUCGCUGAGAACUCAUCAAACUUCAUUCCUAUUCACACCUCUAUCUACUCCAGUUUUUUUUAGAUUAGAUGACAUGCAAUGCCGCAGUCGGCAAUUCGCAGUGAAGGUGGUGGCUCUUGUGGCAUUCGACAGCGUCCGGGUUUCGAACCGGCCCGGUCCAGUAGAGCCCCGUUUAGCCCGUCGCAGAAAAUAGACUAGGAGCAUUGCCAUAAAUAUACAUCGACUUAUUGCAUCGCCGCUGACCGUACCUGUGGUUCUCAAACGUGGUCAUGACAGCACAAAUACAAUAACACUCAACGCAGUCUCCCCUUUAGCAGCGUAAAUUUCCCCAAGCUGGUAGUCUGAAACAUUCCUCCUUUGUAAAUAAUGCAAUAGCCAAAGAUCAGGACUGCUCUAAUCAGCAUAUGUGUUCGCCUUAUAUAUCCUGAAGUUGGCUGCUCAGGGUAAGAGAAAGUUGUCGAAAUAGAGACGGUUGAGGUGAUGUGGAACAGGAUACGCAACGCAAGGAACGAUGCGUGACGCCCUAACUUGCCGCCAUUCAGGAAGGCGGAGAUGCCGACCAGAAGUAAAACAAACCGCAAGGUGCAACCUACUCUACUGUUGUGAUCACAUUUGACCCUCGCAUGCUGACGAAACUAGGUUGUUGGACGAUACCGAAGGAGAAAUUAUGACUCAUUUCUAUUAGAUUACAGUCCGCAGGGAACUUGCCGGGACAGCGGUGGAAUCCAGGACAUGGAAUCCACCAGCAUGCCUGGCAUGCAUGCAUUCCUGGAACAGAGCCGACUUCUACGCAGUGACCAAAUUUUGAAGCUGCUCGAUAAAAGCCUGCCGAAAGGCUCGUUCUCAAGCGAAGUUGGUUUAGACUUCCACAGAUAAGUAUAUUGAGUAGUGCCAGCGCUACAGAUACCUUUUGAAAACUUUUCCAAAUGCCUCAGAAACAAACAGAAGACCCAGCUGAUCUCACCACAAAAUUGCCAGCAUGACGGUUUGUCGUGGAAGGGGAGUUGAUGCCUUUUUAGCAACUAAAAUUCUGUAGACAAGUGAAAGCCUCUGGAAAGCAUGACUGGGUAUCAGGGGAUCACGCCGUCAGCAUCAAAGCCUUUCCCAUGUUUUCCCAUUGUCCCUGAACUUGCAGACCUUGAACUGGCCUUUUGGGCUCCACUUUAUGAACCGCAACAAUAAACCAACACGAACACUGUCCAUAUCUAUUCAGCCUCUUUACAUCGACCAGCGCCGUGGAUGCGUCUUUUGCAUCCGGACCACCCUGUCUGAAAUCUCUCUCUUCAGGUUCGAACUACGAACACUUCUCAUCAAGCCGACUUGGCCAAACCUCAAGAGUUAGACGACCUAAGACGACGUAUCUUGACCCAACAGCAAACACACAGAGCCGUCGCCAAAUCUUCGAUCUUUGCCGCUCUAGAGCAGGGUACCAGAGAAACACCGUUCAAUUAACUGCAAGACGUGGGCCCACGCAUGCUGCUCACAACUAGCAGUUCCACCGAUUAGCUAUCUACCAGUUUUCCACCUCCUCGACCUCGCUCACCUGCUGGACGUCCGCUUCGAAUUUAGCCAUCCACAGCGUCGUCGUUCUACUCAAGACCUGCCCACACUCAACACUCACCGUGAGCUCAUUGCUGAAUCUUUGGUCACCUCGGAACACUUCGUAGCACGGACCACCAGACUGCUCCGUCUAUCGUCAAAUCGGCAUGCAGAAUAGGAUUCAAAUAGCCUUUGUCGACAACGAUUCACUCCCCACCACAUCAUGAUAAAUUGGCGAAUUACAUAUGGACGAGGAAACGAAGCUACACUGUGCUAGUUCCCUGCUGUUGUGGACCUUGACUAGGGAAAAUGUCUUACAUUUUGUAUUAGGUAGCUUACUCAUCCACAUCUGAGAGGGCCACUUUGGUUUAAGCUAUGAACUUCUCUAAAUGAUAAUUUUCUUCAUGAAUUUGUUACCGACUGGGGGUCCGCAUUGUUGGGAGGAUUUGCCCAUACGUUACGUUUACUGUUUCAUAAUAAUGUUAAUCAGAUGAAACAGGAUAGAGACUAUUAAAUGAUCGGGUGGGAGCUUUGUUAUCCGACGCACAGGCUUAUUGCCGAGGUCGAAGCAUAAUAACAAGUCAGAACCUCAACUAUCCCAUUGCACCAUUUUGUGUCCCUUGUGUCCUAUCCGCAACUUCGUUUAUAGUGCUUCUGGUAUGUAUAAGGCUUAACGCACCAGAGAGUGCUAACGCAGUUUCAGAAAAUGACAGAAUGCACCGAUUUGUUAAAGGAUGACUCUUGUGUGAGCCGGAAAGUUCAGACGAGUAACUGUUCCUUGCCGAACAAUCCGAGAGUUUUCUGCUUCCUCAUUCUCAUCUCUGGAUCAAAACGUCUUGUCGCGGUGUUCACUGUCUGUUGGCACUGGAUUCACCGGGUGUUAAAGCUGUCGCUGGGCACAAAUGAUACUUUACACUGACAUAAUUUUUGAUAUACGCAGAUGAUACAACAACUGAGUUGAAUUAUGUGGCGGUGACAGUUUAUACUUCUGAAGAGCAUCACUGACCCCGAAGAAAUGAUAAUGACAGCUAAAAUGUCCUCAUAUUUGAUGCACAUUCUCCGCUAACUGUUUAAUCACUGUACGGUACCAAGGAGCAACUUGGAGUCAAAACUAUUCCUUAAUGGAGGUUCAGUUAUCUACAAGUUUGGUCUUUUUGUUUCGAACGGUAAUCAAGAAACAAAGCCUAUCCGUUGAUGCCUACGGAAACCAUCCUCGCUAACUCAUGCCCCCGAGAUACUUAUAUUUCCGUCUCUUGACAAGCACUUUCAAUCUCUUCCAUCUCUUAAGUUUUUUAUCCUUAAUCGGCGGCCCAGGUAUCGGUUUUCGGAGUCUAUGUUCAUCCUCAUUUAAAGCGCCAUGCUUUCGGUUCGUGUCUCGGAACUGGAGGAAACUCCACCGUACAUCAUAGGCUUGUCUGUAGACAGAGGCUGUACAAAUUUAUAAGAUCUCAGUAUUUUAUCUCCUAGUUUUGAAACAGGGAAAUGAUUUCUACCGACAACAAUUGAAGUUGGAGGGGAUUGUUUAGUUUUCUACAAUGCUCGACAUAAUUCGGAUGCUAACAGAUAUUUUCUUUAGUCUCCUCAUCUCCUCAGGAAUGCCGCCUUCUCUUCUACAACACAGAAUUCAUUCGCACUCCAUCAGCUGUAAGUAUCUGCGACAUUCUUGACCUUUACAUGAAGGUAACGCUCCACAUAUUGUGAAAAUAAGUUAACGUUUUCACAUGAAGUCCCAGCUAUGUUUCCCCAUUACAGACUUUAUUUCGUCACAUAUGCUUCCGCUCCCUCCCAGAAUGUUCGUGUCAGGGACACACAAAUUUGUGGUCCUGAUUGGGUUUCUGCCUGAUCUAAUUCACAGCUAGUUCUGGUCCUUUCGGGAAUGUGAUCACUUCAUUUUCUCUGUUUAUUUUGUGAAAAAAUCAAAACGCAGUAACGGUCGCAUGUGCACAGGCAGCGAAUGGGGUGAUAUAUACAUAAUUUGAUGAAGUAAUUGAUCUCGGAGAACGUGUAUGCGCGCGUUUUUCGCCGAAAACUUUAAGGAGAAAGAACGAAACCUCUUAAAAUUGUGCAUAGAUGUAUUUGCAGACUACGCUGUCUCUCUUGAUUCUAGCUCCUGGUUAAUAUCACAGUAAUUGUGAACAACUACCAUUUAGACGAGAUCCAUGGACGCAGGCUUACUGUUGACUGCAUUUGAAAUAUCAACAGUAUCAUUAAAUGCACCAGAGAAGAUUCCGUGUUUCAUGACCCUCCCCUAUAUCCUAAAAGAACUAUAAAUUCCACUCACUAAUACUGAAUUAAAAUAAAGUGCUACUUCUCAAAUUAAGUACGUUCGUUGUCCGGAGAAAAAAUAGGUCUAGUGGUGUAUGGUUUUGAAGGUGCACAUUGACUUUAUGUGGUGAGGUCUUGUAAUUCGCAUUAGGUUAUCAAAGUUAAAAUUAAAACCCUGCCCUGAAAUGUACGUAGCCAAAGUGGACAACUAACCUUAUAUAAUUCAGGGUGAGACAGCGAAGUCUGAGACGAUUAAUGGACAAUAGUUAUGGGGAGGCGGAUUGAGGACGUUCAGACAUGUCGGUUCUGUCAGAGGCUACUUGCGACGGCGGAGGUAGUGGCCGCGCUAUUGCGAACGUUUAUUGCCCGUUCACCUGCAUUCGGUGGUACUUCAUGAGGCGAAAUGAUUGGCCGUCAGUUGGACCACCUCACGGGGGAGAGUGCGUGAAAAUUCUGCAGAGUUUGAACAUGUGUCGAGUAGUAACGCCUUUUUUAGAGGAAACAUCUAUCAAAAGUACGUGAUUUUCAAGAGCAGCGUCAAAGAAUGGUAAAAACAAAAUGACCACGGAAUAAUAUACGACAAAAGAAAAGUACUUAUCAUACGGUUGCCCUUCCAAGCGGGGUAUUUAAAUUGUUCUCUCAGGUCCGAAAUCACAGUCGCAACGCAGAUCGCAGGUGAACUGUACAAAAAACUCCUAUCGCUUUUUAACUAGGCGAUUACUCCUCACGCCGUUGGGUAGCCAAGCGCGUAGAAACGACUUUUGAGGAAACAGCAGUGUAGACGACCAAAUAUGCAUCGUUUAGCAUUUCAGUUCAUUCAGAUCAAGUAUGUGUCAGCUUGAAUGUGACGUGUCAAAUUUUCAUAAUGUUGCAUUAUUCUUCCCUGAAAAUUCCCAGUCGCUCCGUGCAGGGGUCUUAGCAAUGAAACAGAACGAAACACGCAAAUUACCAGUAUAUAAGAGGAUAUCCAUUACAGUCAUGUCACGAGAGGCGUUUGACCUGCCAAUAUUCAUCAUAACGCUUAAGCGGGCAGGAACCCGGGUAGCGAAGUAACGGAGACAGGGAUCUCGAAUUUGUUGUAGGUCAUAGGUGCUUUGCUUUGCGACUUUGUAGGCUUCUGGCAGUAUUCAAUAGGAUCGUCUGGCAACUGCCUGAUAUCAGCAAGCUGUUACACGCUAAGCGGACUGUUGUUGUACUCCUAAUCGUUCGGAGAGAAAGUGCCCCAUAAUAAGUCAGUCAGACCAGUCAGCCCCUACUUCAGAUUAACCGUGUGUGUCAUUAGUGUCUAAUUUUGUGCUACUGUGUCCUGCUAUAUCUGCAGAUGUUUCGCCAGAAUUAGGGUUGUCAGUCGAGCGUACUGAUAAAAUCAUGUACUAAAUGCUUAUCGCUCCUUAUCCCAAAGCCUUUAGGGGAACGCAGAGCCGUUUACCGUUACCUAUCACUCGGUCUGUUUGUACUUUAUUUUACAGAACAGAUAUGGUCAGUUUUUCACUGAAGGACGUAAAGGCUAGAUGAAGCCAUGCCGUAACUCGGCCCGCAUUCGUCGUGGUCGGAAAGGACCUUCUCGUGGUAUAUGGAGUUUACUUCUUUGUAAUAGUGGCAUAUUCGCCUACCGCCAUGGCGCUCGAAGCACGCGAUCUAACGGUCGAAGUCAUGAAUCUUGCCAUGAUUGAUUCGCGCAUUUAAGCAAUUAUGAACUAUUAUACACUGCUAUUUCAUUUUGACCUAACUGUGAAAAAUUCGGCGCCUCGGUGGGAUUCGAACCCACGACAGCAAGAGGAGGCGUUAAUACAGUCAACGCUCUAGCCACUUGAGUUAACAGACCCCACCGGGAGACGUGAGUUUAAUCACAGUUGGGUCAAGUUUUGCGUCCAACUUACUGCAACGUCUGAAAUCCACCAAAACUGAUACAGUAAGCCGACCACCUAAGCAGGAUUUCUCAAAUAAUCCACCAAGAAUCCACCAGAUGACUACCAGGCUCACGUAAUAAGAAGUUGUUUUGGCAGAUUUUUAAUGAUUCAUAUUGACCCAAAGGAUGGGUCAAAACUAAUUAUUUAGAAUCUGCCAAAGCAACUGCACAUUGUCACUUGUCAAAUAAGUUAUGCAAAAUAGCUAAGGAAAGCGGAGCCCUGACUCUUUGAGACUUAAUGCCUUUGGGAGCGGAUGAAAUGAAGCCUUCUGAAAAGGUCUUUCUACCUCGAAAAAUAUCUUUCAGAUAAAGUAAUAAAGAUAAAUUUUCUGUACACUUUUUAAAGUUGACUCAGAAGGCGGAAGAACGCCGACUUGUUGUCGUUUCGCACAGAAGAGUAGGCCGGCCGGGACAGGAACGCUGGACUCAGUCGCCUUCCAACGGUCCAGCUUCGACAUUUAAAGCCGCACUUACUGCAGUAAGGGACACUGAGGCUGACUGCAGCCAUAUGCCAAAAGCAGUCUUGAGGAAACUGCGUCUUGAUGGGCCGCCGCAUUUUUUCGAUCACAACUGCUCUGUCCUUUCGUGUUUUCUUGAGGUGAGCGGAUUCAGUAUCUUAAUCAGAAUAUUUUGUAUAAUCUUAUUCGUCACAUUAUUUGCUGAUGGUCGAAGAAGCAUUCAGACUGCCCUACCUUCCAUGGUAUAAUCCUGUUCACAAUAUUGCAAGAAGGUGUAAUGAUACAGUGUCUGUCCGCAACAUAAAAAACCUGAUCAGGAAAGAUUCCGUGAGUAACUGCAGUAGACGACUUAGUAUUUCGAGUGUAAUGAAGAUCCUUUUGGUCGUUUUGUGUGUAAACAUAAUUCGAAUCAAUUCUGGAGUACAUUAGCGCUGGCGAAAGAAGCAACAGGUAUGACUGAAUUUCGUAAACAUAAGGUUUGCUCUAUACAAAGGAGUGUUUACUGAAACUUCAAAAUUUCACCCCAAGAGUCAACCAAUCACCUACAAACAUACUGGUCAUGUUCAAUGAUAUAUUUCCGUGCAUUUUUCAGAAAUCAAGGGACAUGAUAUCCCAAACCUGGGAACGUAACCAAUUAUUUUUAAUACUGUCAGAUAGUUAAGAUGGUACCUUUUGCCCACCUAAAAAUAUGAAGAACUUGGAUGAUUGUCAUCGAACCUUCAAAUAUUAACAGCAGUAAACCAGUGAGUAGAGUUUGUUUUGUCUUUGUGGACAAAAGUCCACAUGCUAUCGGAGUGCGUGCUAACACUUCCGAAUGUUAAUGUUAGGUAUUCGCACGUAGCUACUUAAACUUGCAUAAGACUUUGGUAUACAUUUCUGGUAAAUAAAAAUAAUUGCGGUUUUUCCGCCUGCUUGAAGCAUAAAACUACUAAUAGACCUGCUUUAGCUCAGUCCCAAGAGCUAUUAGCAGAAUUACGCUUACUAAAGAUGUUUGUUUAUCUCACCAACGCCAGUCCUUUAUGGCUCAACUAUCAAUUCAUGGAAUAUAGCGACAGUUUACCAAUCACCCUAGGCUUACAAUAAAAUUUCAGCAUGCUUGUUGACUGACAACCCCCAGAACUCAUAAAAGUGAUCAUUGCACUCUUUUUUGAUUUACCUGAUGUACGUGAUUACACGUUGAAUGUUGCACUGUGUUGAUUUAGGAUGAUAUCACGGGCGGAAGAACGCAACGUUUUUACUCACAGUUAUUAUUUGUUAUAGAUAGCUUGAAUUUCAAAAGAAUGUGUGUAAAAGGAAGCAUGUCCUUAGAGCUAAAACUCACUUUCAAAACAAUACCGUCUAAUUGCUGAAGCAUUUUGGAAUCGCAUGCCAUGAAAACGUCUAUGUAUUUGUUUUUUAAUUUAUGCAGAAAUCCGAUGGUUUCCCUUUUGUCUUGAGAUAAUUAAUUCAACUCGCAUUUCAAAGAGCAUCUCUGAUUCCGGAAAUGAUUUCUAAAGCUGGGUAGCCGACAAAAGCGGUUAAAAAUGUUUGCACUAGAUAUGUGCCGGAGUCAUUCGGACCUGCAGGCAAAAUGAGUGAAAUGAAGGCCACUCAUUCUGCACUGAUCGCUGGACCGCCGCAGAGUGCGAACUAAGUGGCUGUUUGUGCACACCGGUAAUAUAAUUGACCGGGCGAACGGCCACGCACUGGAAGGAACUGAGUGCCAUGACAUGUGAAGAACAUAAAACCAGCGACAUGGAUCGGAUGUUCGAUGACAUAGAAACGCGUCUUUAAUCUACCCCUUACUCUUCUCUGUAAGUAUAAGGCGUGUUCCUGAAUGAAAGCCAUUUCCUUUCAUUAUACUUAACUUCCCGUGUCUUAUAUUAACAUGCGUCAUGCGACUGGCACGAACGAUCAUCCAAGUGUAAUACCUAUACUAUUCCCUUCUAUUGCAUAAAAGCAAGAAGACUGAGAAAGAGGCACGAUAUAAGUUGUAUGCCAGUUUUUGUUGGCCCCAGAGUACAUGGCAUAAGUCGUAAAUGGUCGUUAUCGUAGAGUCGUACAGCCUUCUUGUGGACUGACAUGUUGCAAUAUGUUUCAUCUCUAUGGACUGAGAUGCGUGCAAAGCUGCGCUUAUUUGUGUUCCCCACGCUCAAAUUAGCUGCACCGCCAGAGCUUUGAACCAAAACGGGGCCACAUUGGUCCAUGGCACGCGCCUAUCGGACGGUGCCGGAUCUACGCGCGCCCUGGUCCAGUGUUUGUCGUGGACCGGGGGGCUUAGUUGUAUGCCUAGGUGCGGGUCCGGCCGUGCCAGUCACUAGCGCCCCAAAUCGGGCCACGCGUAAGAUGCGCUGGACCAACACGGGAGCUAGACCGGAGUCCGAUAGGCUUUAUCGGGAAUACUCCAUCAUAACAAACGCCAACAUUCGGGGCGUGGUAGCAGGGCCAAUUACUGGCUUAUGUCGCACCCAUUGGGAUCCAAGCUGCCCUCAAUAUUUAUUGUUGCUGAAAAUCCUAGUCAAGUGUUUGUUGUGGACCAGGGGGUGCGGGUCCGACCGUACUAGCCAGCUGCGGCCUCUCGUACCUCUGAUCUUUUUGACUGUAUCUUGACACUGGGUCCAGGUGAGGAGGUGUAGUUGGUGCGGUAGAUGCUGCGCAAGUCUAUUCUCACUAUAAAAUAAUUUGCGCGUAAGUCACCGUGUCUGUUCCGCAUUGCUGUGGAACACACAGUGGACAUCGUCGGGCAUGACGGUCGAAGUGUCAGAGGGAAUCGAGUGAAGUGGAUACUGAGCAGGGAAAUCAAAAAACUCCAUACAAAUGAUAAAUCGAACACGCUUGAACCAUUUGCGACGCACCAGCAGUUCUACCUUGGAAGGAAACGAAGUGACCGAAUAACUUGCUCUUUUUCAGGACUGGGGGUCAGGCUACUGCCACCUAUAGAAGCCGCGGCAAUUGCCAGUAAAGUAUGCUACCAUGACGGAGACCGCAACCACAUCGAGGAAACCGUACGAAAAAUUGUGGAGCCGCCUAGAUAAGCAGAGUUUGGCGACACGGGUGGGCUGGAUCCAAAUCGUAAACUCUUGAGAAAUUUUAUCGUCUCCCUCUCUCAUUGGAUCCCGUCGUAUUCACUGCGGCCAUGGGCAUUCUGGUCAGCGUUUUAUUUCCACCGCAGGGGUACUGUCUAUUCUCUGCUGCCACACUUAAAAUCGCCCGUCGCUCAAAUAUUCCAGGCAUCGUCAAAUGAUGCAGCAACACACGAAAUAGCAGUGCUUGGCAAUUAAGUAUUUUUUGAAGUUUGAAAACGCAAGGAUUCUGGAAGCUUGAAUCCGCCCAAAACGGAUAUCAUAAACAAAUUUUACCUCCGUUAACGGUGCCUCUUUGAAUGUAGUUUAAUAAGCCCAACGAGGGGCAAACGACUGGUUUUAUUUCGAGGAAACAUUUGAAUCGUUAGAACUCUGCAUCAGCCUCAGAAGACCUUCAGACCUUUGCACCCACUCAGGUGAAGCUAGCCAAACUGGAGGGCGAGUAUUUAGCUAUAAGCAGGAGUGGAAUCUCGAGUGAGGGUGACAUAGCUCUAGUCAACAACUUUAAGAAUUUCGGUGCACACCGGCUUUUUAUGAAAUCAUUGUCUAACUUCUUUUACACGAUCAACUCAAUGCCAGAAUUUUAAAAUUCUACGGAGACUAUAGCCGGCAUAAAUGCAAAUUUCUUAAGUAACAUUACUACACACAAGCGAUGACCGGCGGACUAGUUAUUUACCCGUACUAAAAGUUGCAUGCCAUUUGCAUUCGUUAAUGUGACAUGGUUGUUGGGUGAAAUAUGCGGUUUCCCUUUUGCCUUUAUGAAAAAGCACUCUAGUUACUGUUCUCUUUGUCGGUAGUUAUUACCUAUAAUUGACCGCUAUUUGCUAUGCAAGUUCUUACGAGGACUUCUCUUUGUACGCAUUACCUCUUGAGUAGGGGUAAAUUUACUCCCCUGAACUGCCCUCUUUAAUUACAUAUUAAUUUAAAGAACUGGUAAAGAGUGCAGGUGUCGUGCUCAACGCAAUAUUCGAAUUAUUCGCUCUGCAUAAAUCAUGAGCGUUAGUUGAAUUGCCAGAAACAAAAUGAACUAAACUGAUAGCAUUUAAACCAAUUUUUUCUAAAGGCUUACAUCACCACUGACCCCAACAUUUAAUUCGGAAGGCCAUCCAACGCAAGAACGUAAGUCAAGUAUGAGAACAACAGCAGAAUGACUAGCAAAAGGUGACAAGGCAUGGGGUGGAGACACUUUCCAAGCCGGAGGGUCAUCGCCACUGCCGCCCUUUCUGCAAUUUUCUAGAGUUUACAAAAGAUUGCCAGUGGGCUUUUAGAGAGAUGAACCGACGACGACUCUGUCUCGAUGAUUUAACUCUUAGAUGCUUCUCGUGUGCCUUGCUUAAUGUAGCAACAAACAUAGUGCCAGAUAAGUUUAUCACCGAGAUUUUGAAAUCUUUCAUCAAAUUAUAUUCCCGCAAUCCAUCAGAAAAUUCUGGCCACAAGUGCUUUCAGUUUCCGAAGUACGCCACGUAUAAUACGCUCAUUGAUGCAGCAUGCAAAGGUCCUUGAAAACGCGUCGCACCGAACUGCGCUAAAAAGCAGGCGUGACCACUCACCCGUCGCCUUUUGGAUUCAUGGACGUUCACUUCCUUUCGUGAUAACGAUAAACUUCAUAGAAGUCAUUUUUAAGUCAGUGAUCCCUGAGUGUGCAGUUUUCUCCUCAUUUUUGAAGCGUUUAGUUUUAAUGCAUGGCUGAUAACACUAUCUCACAAUCGUGUGGAUUUUGAGAAUGGAUGAACAUUCUGAAGAAGGCCUAAGGACAUAGACUGUGUAAACCUCUAGGUUUUCAUUGAUUACUGACCGCAUGAGGGGACUGACAAAGGUAUGGCAUUGCGUUUUCAGUCGAACUGUGGCACUUCUGAGCGGGACUUCUUGAUAAAAGGACAAUUAGGUGCUUGUGUCUACGUAGAACGAAUAAAAUCUUAGCUUGAACUAGUUAGACCGACAAGUCGCUCCCAAUAGGAACCAGGCAAUACACGCUUGAGCAGCGGGGGGCCUAAUUGGUUGUUAGGGCACGAAGAAGGUUUUAUUUAACGACCUUGCAGCAACCUUCAUCGAGGUAGAUGACGGACAUCGCUUUUUCCCGGCGAACUGCCGGUAUUUUAAGCAUGAUAAGUGAAACCUCGAAGAGGAUGAGGUCUUUUUAAAAAUCUUCCUAGCUCGUACCGACCACCCUCGUUUGGCGCAUUAUACAAAGCCGCCUACACAUCUUCUGAUAUGGACCAGUGAUUUACAAUUUUUUCGACAAUGUGCCAACAUUUACAAAUAUUGGGCUGGUAGGAGGCUGUCCUGAUAAAUUUAAGAUAAUAAGUGUCAGUUUAAACGAUUGUUAUGCUCAAAUCCCAGUCACGGGAUUUCAGCGAAUGCGAGGGUGUCUUUGUGGGUGUGUAGUUCGACAUUCUUCUCCCCGCCCUUGACAUUUUACGACGUAGUCCGCACCGCAUUUGCGCAUUCUGGCAUUCCAUGCGUGCAUGCCGGAUACAUCAAAUGCUUUUUACGGGCUGGCCAUAUUCUAACGUGGCGGACUAGUCAGUGCCCCCCACAAGUGAAGGUGGGCGUUUCUAUUUGAGGGGAAGGCUUCUAUUUCGAAACAAGGAUUGCCUAAAUCUUCCUCACAGAAAAUGGGUGGGCGUUUAAGAAGACGUGGCUAUCCACGCGUUAAUCAACACUCCGCAAGUGACAAUUUUGAUUUUGUAGAGCGUUGUACUUUCUCGACCAUACGAGCGACUCCAUUGUGCAACAAACCGACCAGCUAGAAGUUGCAAAAACGUUGACUCUGAAGUUUGUGUCCUUUGUAAUUAACCCACGAUUGGCACAUUCUCAGACUACCUGGUGUCAGAUGGGUCUAGGCCACUUUGAAAGUGCUCACUUUUUCCAUUGAACUUCGACGCUUAUGUAAAGUAUGCACUUCUCCAUGAAGGGAAUAACAGAAGUUCUAAUUCUUUUUAAUUUACUUAUGCCUAGGUGGAACAGAAUAUGAGUUUUUGGUACUCUCAUGGUUUCAUAACAAUUUGAUACACUUCAGGUCAUUUUUCGAGCAUACGCGUGCUUUCGAUAUGAUCUCGUCGGGCCGAUACAUCUGCACGGGGACGAGGUACAAAGUGAAAUGUGUGGGCGAUAAGAGAAGCCGAUUACGAUUCGUCUUUCUAUACAAGCGGGACGUGUGAAUGGGGGGGGGGGAGGGGGACGGAGGAGGCAGUAAGUGGCAGUGAGAGUUGGGUAGAGCCAUGUCACAGGCGAGGCGGGGGGACGGGGGCUGGGAGUUAAUCGAUCCUUGCCCACAGUAGACGCGGAGUGUGCAGUUCGUUCUUCCGUUCGCGCAGGACUGGAUUCCAUGGCCUUAUGACGGUCGCUUCUGCUGUUGCUGUCAUGCGCUAACCCAGUUGCCCCGGUGGUUAGGUGAGAUCUUUAAAAUCACACGUAAGGCUUCACUAAAGUUCACAUGAUGCCCCGAAUCAACCAUUUGUGCGAGGAUGUAGGUGUGUAUGCUAUUAAUUUCACAUUUCCUCAACCCUGCCGGCAGGUGUUCUCACAUUCUUGGGAUAACUUUUUGCUUAAAAAUGACCCCUUUAUUAUGGUAAGCCGUCUCGAGAUCUACGAAAUGUCAGCGCGUAUUGCGUGUUUGCUGCAGCCUCACAGGGACAAUAUACUAAAAGUUUAUAUGGUUGUCUCAAAGAAUCCCUGAUGAACUAGCCUUCCCUAUCAAAUGUUUUAUUUGGAAGAAAGUCCCUUACAUAAAGAGCAAAGGAUCUUUCGAUCCUUUUUGUCAAGGUCAACUUACUUCAUCUCGGCAUAAGAAGGCAACCGCAGAAAAGUUCGUUUAAAAGCCGGCAUCUAAACGUGACUGAAUUACAUUUUCAGGAUUUUCUGAAUUUACAUUUUCAGAAUUACAUUUACAUUACAUUAUGUUAACAUUUUAUAACUUAGCACUUCUGCUGUACGGUGUUCCACUGGCCGACAACUAGAUCACAAAGGCAGGCUAAGCCUCUGAUUCAUUUAACGUGUUCGUUAAAUUUUGCGUGCUUGCUAAGCCGGUCCAAAUUCCGACCAAGCGGUGGCCAACAUGUAUUUGGCUUGAAGUCCAAAAAACCCGCAUCGCAGACUUCCGGUCGCGUUUGCCUGCGUUCUGCCCAUUUUCGCGCAAAAGCACACAUGGAGUGCACAUUCCAGUGAGUGUGGUAUCAUCCUCUAGUUGUUUUCCGCAGUUUUGAAACGCAGCGACUUAUUUUAUUUGCUGGUCGAUGGCGCUACACUGCUUUCAGUGUGAAAACAGGAGAUAAAUUCGCACCACUGUCCGAAAACGCAGUGGUUAUGCUAAAAUAGUAAUUUUUCGUUUUACUAAUAUAAAUGCUUUCUGUGACACUCGGAGAGCAGGUAAAAUAAUAAUAACACCAAAUUAAAAACCCUAAGUACCAGUUAGGGCAAUGCAUAGAGAUGCAUUUUAUUUAACGAAUAAUUUUCGGAUCCCACAUCAUAAAUUUUGGCUGGAGACUCCCUCUAAUUUUAAGAGAAUUGAGCUUUUAGAUGAAAGGGAAGGUAGGCUGCGUGUUGCAGGCCAUUUACGAAUUCACCCUUUAAAAGUGCGAUAACAAUCACCUCGUGCUUACUAGGGAUUACAAACAGGCACAUUCCGCGUCCUUCCAGAAAAACCAUAGGUUUUUGUAUGUUCAUUACAUGAGUAUCAAAUUUUAGCCGUCUUUCGCCGGUAGCUUUUUCCCACAUGAAGUUAUCGGUCAUUACGCUUUGACAGUACAACUAAUCUUCAUCUGAAGUUGACCAUUUUAUGGUCUCGAAAUAUUUUAUACCUCGUAUAUUCACAAAUUCAAAAAUUAUCUGCUUCUUCAUUUGGAUAUUUAAGCGCUUAUCGGCGAUAAGUGUGCUCCCUAUGCCUUAAUACCGUCUCUCUGUUAAUUCAAAUGGUUACCAUGUGCAUGUGGCAGUAGGGAGAACCUCCUGUGUGUGAAGCACUAUAGAUAGCGGCUUCCAACAGCUGCGGCUGAUGUCAUUAUCAGUUGGAUCGCCUCGAGUGGGUCACUGGGUUUUCGGAGACGUAAGAGGGUAUGAGAUCAGUCCACCCAGCAACGGGACUCAGGCUUAAAAGGCUCCUAAUUGAUGUGGCCUUCAGCUAGGUUUGAUAUUCCACCUGAAUGAAGUUUGUCACCUGCGAAGUCGGAGACAAGCCUGUGUGCGACACGCGCAGACGUGCGUUUUACUCCUCUCAACUGCUGCACUCAUAUGCACAUACAGUAGUCUUUAAUUCCAACAGGUGAAAAGGACGAAACAUACAGAAUUUGAAUGACUUCAUCACAUUUCAUGACCUGUUCGGCUGACCGCGGUCACUGUAUAUUUUCAUAAGAAUAACGGCUCAGUAACAAAACAACCUAGGACGAUCAAACAGAGUAGCGACAUUCAUACACGGCAGAACACGCUGACCAGACAUGUGGGUGGACAUAGUUCGGGCGGCGGGGGAAAGGAAGCUGUAUGGGUGAGCGUGUUCUGCUUACAGCAAACAUCGUCAAUCGUGAUUACGGCUGCACCGCAUGGAACAUGUGGGCGUCAUGUGUGGGGGAGGAGAUGAACGGACAGGGGAGGGGGUGGGGUUAUUUCCCUCACCGAGGCUUACCGUGGCAGUGUAUCACGUGAUCCAACCGCCUGCAUAGUUCUGGUUUUCAUCUCCCCAUUGCCUGCUCGGUCGUUGCUCGACGUAGGACGUUAAACGCAGUCACUGGAUCCACCACAUGACUGGUGUCCACCAGGUAUUUCGUAGUUGAACCUCUGUAUGCAUUAUUUUCUGUUCUCAGAAGACAUUUGGCAUAUGUGCAACUGUCCGAGUUGUCAGCUGUCUUUGGCUGUGCCAAAUAUAUCUGUAUGCGCAACUAAACGUAAAGUCAUAGAUAGUCUGACAUGGUAUGCAUAGGCCGAAUACCUUUAACUGCUGUGACCAAAUUUUUCACUUAGGAAUUCACUCUAAUCUUAUAUAGCCUAUUGGUAAGUCCGACAUUUAGGAUUAAUUAAACACAAUCUUGUUGCUUGCACUACAUCUGACAACUUCUCUUUCGUGAAUGUGCUGAAGGAUCAAGGUUAACUGAACAAGUACAUAAUGUCAUUCAACUCGCAGAACCUGUUUCCUAACCGACCGCGUCUUAAACAUGUUUGGGGCCACCCAAACUCAGGUAACUGGCAGCGAUCGGGUGAAGGACCCCAAACACAUACGACCAGCCAAAGACGCCUGUCUUACGGGGAAGGUGGUACCAGGGCUUUUACUUGCGGGGCCUAUGUAUCAUAAAGGAAUGACAGGAUUAAUAUAGAUAAUUGGUAAAUUCGUUUUUCGGGCGGGAAGGUUUUAAUGUUUUGCCAAAUAGCAACCGAAAAUAAACAGGGCAAUUAAAGAAAUAAGCAUUAAGUGUCUAAAACGAUCGCUUAUCAACUCUCUGAGCUGAGUUCGUUGAAUAUAAUGAGCCAGACCGUCUAGAACAGACGACCCAUACUUGAACGCUGAAACACCCAACCGGAAUAAUCGUGUCGGACUAAAACCCACUUAUAUAAAUAUAGUAUAUAUUUUUGUAUGUCACAUACGCUUGGGGUCCUUCUCUUGGCCCUUACCGUAAUUUUUAUCAUGGUAAAUUGCCCGAGAGACGGGGCAAUGCUGUUCAAAGUUACAUACACGGCACAUCCAAAAAAUAAAAUUUACGAUUAAGGAGUAAAUGGACACGCUGCUUUUCUCAGACGUUCUUGUACGGAGGCGAGCACCCUGUCGCAAUCGAAGGGGAGUGUAUCGAAGAACCUCAUGAAAAGGACAGUAAAUGCACUUCCCGAGUUCUGAUCCAAUUCGGCGAGAACACAACUUGAUUCUGUGCCUUAGCAAUACGGCCGCUAUCGCCUGUUCUUCAGAGACUAUCGAUGACGCGUCCAGUUUCAUAAAGGCUAUGCGUAGAAAUGUACCCAUAAAUAUCGUCAUCCUAUUCAAGAAAGUACAGAAGAAAUGUCCGCUCUAGAAAUUCGAUGAGCACCUGCCUCCCUUCCGGUAAUAAUAUGUCAAAAACGAUCAAGCGAAAGCUCCAGUGCACGACUGAACGGACGUGCACCGCCCUUACUUUCUUGUUCAUAAACAUCACAAUAGCAAUUUCAGUUGGAGUAGCUAAAGACGCUGUGCAUACGCGUGUCAUGUCAGACUAUCUAUGACUUUACGUGUAGUUGCGCAUACAGAUAUAUUUGGCACAGCCAAAGACAGCUGACAACUCGGACAGUUGCACAUAUGCCAAAUGUCUUCUGAGAACAGAAAAUAAUGCAUACAGAGGUUCAACUACGAAAUACCUGGUGGACACCAGUCAUGUGGUGGAUCCAGUGACUGCGUUUAACGUCCUACGUCGAGCAACGACCGAGCAGGCAAUGGGGAGAUGAAAACCAGAACUAUGCAGGCGGUUGGAUCACGUGAUACACUGCCACGGUAAGCCUCGGUGAGGGAAAUAACCCCACCCCCUCCCCUGUCCGUUCAUCUCCUCCCCCACACAUGACGCCCACAUGUUCCAUGCGGUGCAGCCGUAAUCACGAUUGACGAUGUUUGCUGUAAGCAGAACACGCUCACCCAUACAGCUUCCUUUCCCCCGCCGCCCGAACUAUGUCCACCCACAUGUCUGGUCAGCGUGUUCUGCCGUGUAUGAAUGUCGCUACUCUGUUUGAUCGUCCUAGGUUGUUUUGUUACUGAGCCGUUAUUCUUAUGAAAAUAUACAGUGACCGCGGUCAGCCGAAGAGGUCAUGAAAUGUGAUGAAGUCAUUCAAAUUCUAUAUGUUUCGUCCUUUUCACCUUUUCCUAAUUUUUUAUUCCUGACUUUGCGCCGACUGUUGCUGUAUGGAGCGAAGUUGUUGAUGUUCAGUUCUUUUUAACUGUAAUGAGAUUCUCGACCGACUCAUAAUUGUCCCCCCCUCUGUACUGACACAUUGCUAGUCUCCUGCGGUUGGUGAAGCAUCGAGGGUUGCUCGGGGCUGGUUACCUGCUUUGACGAGCGGAAUGUAUUUGGUUAGCUCACCCUGUUAGCACUGACAUUCAGUUCUUAUUUGUUCUUCAACGGAUAACUGAUUGACGUGAUGACAAAGAAGGCCCCGUGCGAACAUACGAAAUGUGUUUCCUCAGCUGUACAAUAUAUGUUAAAGCCGCCUUUUUCAUGACAGAAGGGCAAGUAGUGUGCCCACGUGCAUAGACGAGGGUUUUAUGACGAGACAAUCCCGCCAGUUCAGUGGGUUAUGACAAAUAGCAUGAAGAGAAUGAAGGUUAGGCGAGCGCGCGACCAUGCUGCACCCUUUCACGACAUCUGAGGUUGUUGAGUCACCAGGAGCCUGUCCCUUCGUGCAUUCCUCGUGUUAUGGUAGAUGCGCAUGAGUAAAAAAAAGUGAAAGCGACCUAAGUCAUAUUUAUUCAUAAAAUAUGCGAGAAAUGCUCUCUAAUGAAGAAGCCGCCCACCCCCUCCCCGAUGGCAAACAGCCUUGUAUCAUUAGAUAAACAACAUUUAUUAAGAAGAAGCAAUAAUUUGUUUUGUGAGUUUUCCUUUACCGUCUGCGAAGUAAACUGUGUUUAGGCAAAAGCCAAAACAGUCAGAAAAUCCGUGUAUUCGAAGUCGCUUUGUUAAUCUUAUGUGCAACAGCGCAGAACGAAGAGGGAUGCGCCAAGGCGGAGAAUAGUGAAAAAUUAACAACAAAUGCAAUGUACUGUUACUUGGCUGAUUAAGACACGAGAAUCGGUACGCCCACGCAGUACAGGUGAUCCUGCGUCAGAUUCCAAGGGACGGACUACCCUAACGUUACUUCUACACCCUCCACUGUAAUUCAGCGCAUGACCACCUGUAGUACGGGCGAUGUCCGUUCCAAUUGGCGUACACUUGUUUGACUGCCCGUUCUGUCAGUCGGUGGCAGUAAUGCACAAAGUCCAACCUUUGGUGAAUUGAAGUUUACCUCUUUGCCUUGUGGCAAGUCCUAUUGACAAGAACAGAAGUAGUCUCAAUGAGACUAGGGUCAGAUCAAUCGGCAAGAAUGAGAGUGGCUCGAAACCCACUGGCGGGACUGUUUACUGCCCAAAGCGCAGGUUUUAUCCACAAACGCUAUUAUAAUCAUACACAUUCUGCGAGCUGGGUGGAGGUAUUUUGUUGCAAAUUACACUGCCAUUUGGCGAAAGUCAAAACAAUCGUAACCGAAGGCAUCUGUCACAAUAUCGUAUAGCACCUUGUAAUUAACAACUUUCGUUUUUGACCACCACGGUGGCUCCUAACCAAAGUCGUUGACCAUCUAGACUAUCAGACCUGGAAAGCUCUAGAGAGUUUAAAUCUGCACAGUGUGUUCUCGUGGGAUAUUCCAUCCACAUAUAACACUCGAUUUAACCUGCGUAGGCUUACCUAAAAAUACGGUCAAAUCGCGAAAGAAAAUGGCCUCCGCGAAUGGUAGUCAGUGAUUAAUGCACGCUUUUAGCAAACAAAAAGGUCCCCCCGUCAGUUUUCUACUUAAAACGGCAUUUAUGGCUUUCCGCGGAUGGCGGCCAAAUUCUUUGAUCUUUUUUCUUGAUUAUGCUCAGAGCCAACAUUGACGAAUUCCCGCCCUGUGAAUAACCUUAACUUGUACCCAAUGAAACAUUUUCGUGCCCAACGAAUAAAAUCACUAUCCUGUUAACAUGUGGAUCGUUUUCACCUGCCUUGUUUACCUCUAGACGCGGUUUUAUCGUUGAAAAUUGCGAAGUGAGUGGCCUUACAGGCAUUGUAAAUAGUUUCCAACAGCUCACGCGACAGCUCUUCUGUCGCUAAUUUAUUCUUCCGUUCAAAGUGGGCAGCGGGCAAGAAUUUUCUUCGCUGCGUGACAAAGAGAAAAUUGCAGCAUGUGCGGGCGCCCAUUGUAUAUUUUGCUUACUCAUUGUAAUUCUAAUUUCCGGAGAACAAACCACUGGUAACUUUUUAUGGUACAAAAUAGCACACGUUUGUAAACCGGAAAUCUUCUAAUCUAAAUCGGCACCAUGAUUCCGGAAAAAAUCCCAUUUUCAUCCCUGGGCUCACUUAUUUGUUUAUUCCCAAUGUCAGAUUUUCCGGCUGUCGAUUAUGUGUAUUCUCCUUCACGACGAUUGUCGGCAAACGUACGACCUUUGCGUGCGACACAUUGCAGCAUCGGAAAGUGACUGGAUAGUAGGAAACUUUGUUUUGGUCCGAGAUUUCCUGACUUUAUUUAAUAAAGUUGGCUUAAGUUUAAAUCUCCUUCAUAAAAUACCUUUUGUGUCUGACAUGAAUCUUAGAAUCAAAAAUAACGGUGACCCAUGCCUUCCCUACUGCCAAUUCAGAUUUCGACCAGAACAUCCUCUGAGUUUCCUAACCUAGUGCGUCUGGGCGUCCGGAUCUAUUUAUAUGUUCUACAGACCGUUUCUUUUUUGUAGCAAGAAAUGUUUGGGCUCGGAAACUAUGGCACUGAGGCCACGUUUUACUCCUUUGCAUGACAACUACAGUUCUGCAGAUAGUUAUUGAUCUACUUAUAGUUGCUUUGUGGACGAUCACACAGCGUCUUCAGUAGGACUGCAAGUUUUCAGCUUAACAUUAGACAACUGUCAUGCACUCAAAUAUUCCUCGGCCCUAACUGUUUUAUGUGAGAUUCACAGCAUAGAGGGCUGACGCCGAUUUUAACCCGCAGAAGUUUGUCAGUGAAUACCUGACGGUUGUGGGCCCCCCAGAUACUCAUCCCAGCAGCUAGCGCCCUACGGUUUUUUGAUAAUGACUUUGUUCCAUGGGUAGUAGGCAGUGGUAGUCUUCAUACAUAGACUGCCUUGACUGCCAUGAAGAUGUUCUUCGUUUUCUACUGGUCAACGUAUAUUGGAAUUUUCAGUUGAGCACGAGAAUAAAAACCCCACCUCCCAAUAUUAUAGGUGGCCUUGCGUUAAAUUUCAUGAGGGAAAAAAUGUCCAUGUGCCAACUUUAACCCUAACCCUCAAAACCCCAUCCCUAAUCGAAUCCAUAGCACACCUACCCCUAACCGUGAAACUAACUCCACCCUGACCUCACUCGGUAUUUAGCCUAAGGCCACCUGCGGCACGGAGGAUACGCAUACCCAAGACCCACCGGAUUUUUUAAAUUAUGCUUGCUCAACCACGCUUCCUUCAUUUCUCGCCGCUUCUAUCGUAGUUGUCCUUAUCACCUGGUAACGGCGACUUUGCCUCUAAAAGCCCUAUUAUUUUCUUAUCCUUAAUAAACUGGAGCCUUCUCUAUUGGUAGGCAGUGCGCCUCAUUGGUGUCCUCUUUUGCAACAUUCCUGACGUCCACGAGCCUUACAAGUAAACGACUGUAUAGAACUGAGCUACAAGAGUGCUGACGAUGCCCACGAGCGAAAGCUAGGUCAGCGGAACACACGCGGGCCGGGAAGCGCCCAGUGGUCCGGAUUGUUCUUGAACAUCUAACACUCAGUUCACUUAUUCAGGAGUUCGACACAAGCAUUCACGAAGGUUCCCCUAAGCCGACUCCGCAGGGGCUGCCCGGUCGAUCGAAACCGCUAACAAGCUGCGUAGGAUCUUGAAUACUGGGCUCAAGAAGAUGCUAUAUCAGCAGUUAUUUUGGAGUAUAAUGGGUUCUUCCUACCACUGGCAUAAAAAAUGGCGAUGCAGGAACGGUCGGCAAAGCUUUUGGUGUGGUCGGCGGGAAGCAGAUUACGUGCGUCACUGUGGUUCCGCUCCCAGCUGCGUGUGUUUUAGCUUACUGUUCACUUUGAGGGCAAAGUGUUUCCAGAGUUACCAUGACAAAGUGCGAUGGCCAGGUCCUCUACAGACUUCUUGGGCUAAGUCUUUAAAGAUGAAUCGUGAUUUCGUCGUCUUAAAUAAUUGGCUGCGAUUCGCUAAGCUUUUUUCACCCCAGAUAAUCUUCCUGGUCCGGAGAUUCCGGUCUUUUCUUCUCAUAAUCACGUAGGUUAGCAGUUGUCAGCAAUACUGACGCGGCUAAUUCCUGACCGUGUUGCGGUGACUGAAAAGGCCAAAACAUAUGUUCAGCAAUCUCACACGACGUCUGGUCGCAAAACCGGUGCUUUUGCCGUUUUCGAUCACAUGGCGACCAAUCAUUCCUCUUACAGCCUUUAGGAGCUAGGCUUAUUCAAUCAUUGAAGCCCGCAAGGACAACAAAUCUCCCCGUCUUCAACGCAAACAAAGGUGUCCUGUACAAUUGUUUGUGUCCAUCAUUGUUACUAAUUUUUUUAGCUAUGUGGGUGCGCAUAACUAUGACGAACUUCCUUCCUACGAGUGAGAAUCACUGUGAGGCUGUUCUCUCUGGCUGUCAGAAAUUCCGUCAAGCUGUAUGCGAUCGAGUACUUCAUAGCCGGGUCGAGGCCAGCUUCUGGUUCUUUUUUAGUCGUCUGUUCAUAACAUAACGAUGAAGUGGUUAUCGUGGUGGUGAUGUGUAGAGGUGCUCUUUCUGUUUGAUUGGGUUAACAAGCUGAGAAAACAUUUUCUGGGCUCACAGCGCGAUCUAAAUUAUUCCGAGAGAAGGUGAUUGAUUGUUUAUUUGAAUUUUAGUUUAGGCACGGGAAAAAGGACCUCCCGUUUUACAGGCGGCUUUAUGCUAAGUUCCAGGAUGGUACCUGUUCGCGCGCUCUAACCUCGGUCCUACCAUGUAUAUCCCAAACCUUCCUAACCCGACCUAUUACCCUAACCCGCCUGGAAUUUAGCGCAAGACCACGUGUGACACGGGGAAGUCCUCUUUCUUCUUCUUCUUCUUCUUCUUCUUCUUCUUCUUCUUCUUCUUCUUCUCCUCCUUCUCCUACUCCUCCUCCUCCUCCUCCUUCUUCUUCUAAUUCUUAUAGCGGCCCUUCACAGCCCCGUUGGCUGCGAUGGACUGGCUAGGGUAGUUCUGGCGGUUUUUUUCUAAGGUACCUAUUCGACCUUCCCUCCCUUGGAUGUCGAAAAGAUGUCCCCAAAUAAGGCUGCUAAAGUCUCUGGAUGGCUACCGAGUUCCACUGCUGCUAAGUGUUGUUUGCCAGUUUCAGAUGACCCAAAUAAUCCGCGUCUUGAUGUGUUAGUUUGUCACUACGGCGCGCUGCGUCUCCACACCUGCCACUUUGGCUCAUCUCUAUUGGUGAGUUGGCCCGCUGGUGACUAAGAGGAUUUACGCGUGGGUUAAAUUAGAAACGAGGACUUGUGUAAAAUCGGUCUGCCUUAACGCGACUUUGAAGGAGCCUGCACGCGGCAGCUGAUCAGCGAGUGUGCCCCGUGCGGGCACGGCACUGCACAUCCCCGUUACUGUCUAAAACCGAACAAGAGUUUAUAAAACAGCAACAACUGUGUUGAGGAAAAAAACGCUGACAACCAGACACUGAAGGCAAAGAUGGAUAGUUUACAUGACAGUAAGUGAUUUGCAUUCUAAAAAUGGCAACAAAAACAACGUACCCAAUAUUCAUACGAGUUCGCGUUUCCGUUGAAGUUUUGUUACUAAUGAUGUUCUUCUAGUCCUCAGUUGGAAGGUAAAAAGGUAAUUUGCUUUGUCCCGUAAACCCGAUUCGCUUUGUUAAAUUGGGGCGUUGCAGAUAUCAGAGCAUGAGAGCAGGCUGAAUGGAGGUCGGUGGUAAUGCCAAAUGUUGUUCGAAUCCUUAUUUUGGUUAGAAGUUUUUCCCUAUCCCUAUUUUCUAUGAUAGGUGUUGCUCAUGCAUAAAACACGUUAUUUAGCCGUUUUUAUGUACUUUAGAUUACAGACGAGGGAGUGUACGAAUAUGAUGCCGGUUCAUUUGGUUCAAAAACUUGGUAAGCAGUCGUAAAACCACAUUUGUGUUUUUUAUAUCUUUAUUCCAGUUUUUCGCUUUUGAAAAUUGUUCCAUUUAAUGCGCCAACACUUAAAACUGGUUUCGAACGUCUAGGUGUCCGAGCAUAUGAACGAAACACGGUAGCAGCCAUUAUUUCUUUUUUAAAUGAGGCAUUUUCGGUUUAACGUCCUAUUCUUACAUGCGAAUCGAAAUUUCCAAAUAGUAAUUGCAUCCGCUGCAAGUGGUUACCAUGCUAGGUUCAAGUUUGGCUUGAUUGUAACAACUUUCACGUGCACACUUUUAGCCGCUAAGCAGGCCAGUUUGGGUUAGACUUAAUUCCAGUUUACAAGUCACCGUAUCAUCACACUUACAAUUUAGGCGCUAGCUGAAAGCUCAGUGACAUUUUUCAUCAAUGUUCUGCUGCUGUAUGAUGCAACUACAUGGGGCUCGACCAAUCGGUUGCCUCCUCUAUGUCCCUCAUGUGAUUUCUGGCAUGUAUUCUGGUUUUCCAGUCCCCAGAUAACAAUCUCGCCAGCAGUUUGUGUGCGAACUUGGAGGAACAUCUUUUCACAUUCGGCUCCAAAAUCUAAACCAACAUUUGAGCUGAGGGUUAUGUAAACGCCCGAGGCCAAUUCUACAAAUGAGAAAUAACAUUAGUAACGUAAUUUCAUAUGGCAAUCGCGUCGGCCAAACACCCUGAGAUGGGUUGCAGGAAGCAAUAGCGAGAAUUCCGGCUUAUCCGUGGGGUCUCUCAGCACACAUAGUGAGUUCUGUGGCGUCUAAACCAGCUCUUUCAAGACCAAGAUUAGACACUUUACAGGGAUUAAUGGGUAAACCAGGAGCAAAAUCCUUGUAAUUGUCGCGAUGUAGAUUUCGCAUCGAGUUUUGAAUUCUACCUAGUAACUAUGCCCGAAUUAUUCUACUUUUGGCUUUGAGGGUUUGCGCAUUACGCAGAUUAGGGAAUACGACGCGUGCUGAUCGUGUUUGGGUUACAAUCUGCAUUAGUUUUCGGCAUAAAAAGGGAACAACUUUAUUGCUUUAGGUUCUCAUGGACAACAGUUAAAAGGCAACACAGUUAAAGGUCAACCGUACUGCUUACUCUGCGAAAAUUGAUUUAAUAGUUAAUAAUCAAUGAUGAUCAUUUCCACUGCAGAGUUCGUUUUUAGGCCAUUUAUGAGAAUUAAAGUAAUGCCAUUUGGAUAAUUACCGUUUGUGGUUAUUUUAGAGCAUUCUGAUAUCUUAAUUAUUGACGAUUUUCCUAGGCACAUGAACCGUUUUUGCUGUAUAUAGGGAGUCCUUUCACCAUCUUAUUACAUCUGAGCCAAGCCUAAAGUUUGGAUGAAGUAAGCAUCAUAAAACGUUUAUUUUGAUGUUAUUCUUAACUGAAAUACGACACAAAAUAUUACCAUCCUUAUUCGGAAGUGGAUUUUCUUUUCCGAGUGACAGGCCGGUAUCCGCUACGUAACAUUAUUCGAAGUUAUUACAACUGUCUAUAUUGCCAAGUAGUUAAUCCCAUAAUUGGUGUAUUCCUUACCUACACUUUGUUUUAUUUAUAAUUUUUACGAAACUCAAGGCUUAGUAAAAGAUAUAUUCUGAAAAACAUGUAUUUCAUAUCAUGGAACCAGGCAACAAGGAAGUUAGAAUCUAACCGGUUGUCGUCGGCAAAUUUCAACAGAGUUGAGACAGUCUCGAGUAUUUACACGAUAAAGCGGACUUGGUGUGAGUGCUGUCGCACAGUAAACCUUUCCUGUCUAAAUAUCUUAUAAAAACAUAAGACUGGAGAUGCCGGUUAAAUCUAAGUGACAAAAUAUAAUAGGGGUGGCUAAUCCAGUUUGCUCUUAUUGAGAUUGCCUUGUGAGCUGACACUGUUGCAAGGGUUCUUAGCCUGGAAGAACGUUAUGGAUGAAGUCACCGUUUUAUUUGGCAACUUUUUCGAGGCGUUUUGGUCGUUUUCAUAGAUAGGAGAGAAUUUACUGGCUCCGAAAUCAAGUUUUUCUAAAAGUCCGAUUAACUAUGUUCUACGUCAGUGUUCUUUCCAUUCGGCAGAUCCGAUCAUAGUUACCUUAGUUUAUGCUAUUCUCUGCAGUAGAAUAACGUGCGUUUUCUCGACCUUCCGCCCCUAGUUUCAAGGUUACGGGUGGCCUUCAACGUCAGUUCCGGCUUACAACGCAGGUGUACGCGUUCGGAACCAAAAUGUGCGAAAGUCACCAGGUGAGCAUUCUCGAGUUAGAACACCAUUUGCUUUUUAUACAUCCGAACUCUGUGGGGCAUCAGCUGGUCCCGUAAAUUAUCUAAGGAUUCAAAUGAAUAAAACGGCAAUAAACCCAAUUUAACGGCGUAGCGAAUACCAAACCUGUCGUCUUCUGUGUCCAUUAGGUAACGCCGUGGAGUUGCUUGACGUAGUUCUAUAGACAAAUUCGAGCUCUGACGAUCAGGGAUAUUUCGUUGAAGGUAAAAUCGAUUCGGAAGCACGAAGACCAUCUAGAAAAAUAGAUCAACUUUGGUGUUAAGCGUCUGUUUAUAAGUAAACUCCGAAUGUAGGCAAUUAUGGACGGUAGAAACUAACCGUCAGGAUUCAUGGGGCUUCGGUGUGGAAUGCAGUAAAGUGGAGUUUCCGGAGCAGUUCUGACCGUUGAGGCGAGGAAACAAGGGCAUUUAUGGCAUAAACCCGCAGCAAUUCAUGCACCCUCCUUAAAUGGGAGAACGGUGGUGUUUCGGAGUACUAUGCGGAAGAUGAUCCUUUAUCAUUCAAGAAGACAUAGAAGAGAAGCCCAAAUUUAAGUUUUCGGAAGGCAUUUCAGAGGUAUUUUUGCGUAAGUGUACCGUAAAGCAAAUACUUAGUAGGGAUUUUCUUUGGCAGCCGAGAAAAUGCCCGCUAUUAUUAGAGUUUAGAUCCCCAGAAUGUAAUUUAUCACUUGAUUCUCAUGCAGUUUGAGAAAGGAAUGUCGAAUAGCCGGAAACCUGGAACUAAAUCAAAACUGUUCUUUCCGGAAUUAGGAACAUCAGGUAGUUCGUUGCAUUGUAGAUAUGAAAAGCCGAAAAUCCCUCAGUCCACAAGAAAAGGAUUGCUGAACAGCCACUUAGAGAUUCCUCAUUUGCCUGUUGUUAUAAAUGAUUAAAUCCACGUCUUUUGCUCAGAUUCGUGAUGAGGACGGUUUUUGCUUGAGACACGCACGUUUACGCCUAUUUUACGCAGGCGUGACCGACGGUUAGUAAUUAUGUCUUUUGCAGCAGAGAACGAAUUUGGCAGCCUUGCUUCAUUUGCAUCGCAUUGGAUGCGCGAGUAACUGAGUAGGCCAACCUGCGACUGAAAUAUAUGAUCACAGUAAGACAGGCUAGCGUUGGUGACAGUUGACCUCUGUGCCCUGACGGCGUUUGUGUUGCCUUGGCUAGUAAAUUGUCCAGCAAGGUCACUCGAGAUCGGAACGUAUGCUUACAACGAGUGUCAGGUAGGAAGGAGCCUCCUUCGUCAGCGUUGGUGUUCGGGAGGUAGGACAUGAGUUUGUGCUGUUGACGUUAGGGAGGAUGCCAAGGCUCUUCAAGAGGUGGAUCUGUGUCUUGACUGCAAGCAGACAAUCACGCAUGUUCGAAGACGUUGCAUGUCGGCAUCCUUGGCCUGCAAAACAUUAGUCCCACGGACAUACCACCUCUCCCAACCUUUCGCAGUGCAUCGGCUAUGAGGUUCGCUGUUUUGGUUUUUAUAGUAUACCUCCACACGCAUUGAUCCUGUUCCCCAGGAUUCUUUAUUGAUUCGGAAGCAUUGCAAUACUUCAGACGUUAUUCGUAUCAUCCUUCUGAUACUAUCACUACAUUAGGCACUCAUCGGUUGUCCACGUAACGUAACCGCUUUGCCUAUGUUAUUUCCACAUUUCUGACACUGAGCAUCUCAAACGAUUUCAAGGUCUGGAUGUGCAGGAUCUGUUUUUGCCAAUUCGUUUUGUCUAACCCUCGAAGAUGGUCUAGGUAGAAGCCACAUGUAAAUGACAGGAACUUAUAAGACAUGCUUUUGAAAAUGAAUACGGGUGAUACCGUUUUGCCCUGGAGCUAUAAUUUACUACCUGCUGAAAAAGGGAGGCCGGAGUUGUCGUUUCUAGGUCAGCAACCGUAUCCCAAAAACAGCGGGUAGGAUGAACUGAGCUAUGUACCCGUGUUCAGUCUGCCUCACGUAAAAAAUGAGUGACCACUGAUUGCUCGUUGCUAUGCGAUCACCCCUGAGAGCUCCAGGCAAGAGCCUCGAAAGAACAUUCAGAAUCUGUAUUCCUCUCCGCUACUAUUGCCCCAUAAAUUGACAAUAUCCAUGCAGAAGGUGAUUUUACAAAGUCAGGUUCGUACGUUAGUGACUGUGGUAACAUUAUGUGUUUGCGCGAGGUGAGUCCUCAAUGAAUAGUUUUAAAAUCUGCUAAUCUUCAUACUAAAUACUCACCACAGUUGACUAUUCUCUCAACUUAUUCCUAGAUGUCUUUGCAAACGACCUUAUCGGACGAUUGCACUCUCUUGAACUUUGAAGAACCUCGACUGAAUAGAUUUCAGGCGAAGUUUCUGAGACGUCUUCUCUCGCGUCUACCGCAUAACCGCGAUCCUCGUGUGCUGCGCAACAUAUAUACAGCACAGGUCUGACUUUACACCUUACCUUUGUUUCUUUCUUUAAGCUUAUAAAAGUAAUGAAUAAUUCGCUAGCUAUCAAGGGUGUUUUCUGAUGAUCGAAAGUUUCCUUUCCUCCGGAACGAUACGAAUAACGGGACUUCGGAAUGCAUGUAGGGUAGAUGAAUGCUACAAGAAUACUAAUGGCUUUUUGUCUGAGCCGACUGUUUUCUCACUCACUUACGGGCAGGAAUGACACUUCUUCAGCUCACAGCGAAGAAGACCAUCACAGUCCCCGAAGAGGACACAGGGUUAACUAGCAUGUAAAGGCAUUUUUAUAGUAAAGUCGGAUGAGCUCAGUCUGUCUCAUUCCCUUCCCUCACCCAAAAUUCUCCAACGGCAAGACAGAUACGAAAUGAUGGCAGAGGGGCGCAUGCAGAGUGACUGAAGCGGCUGAAGACAGAUCAAUGCUUACCGCAUACUUUUCGGAGCCUUGAUGCAUGUAACUAUUUGGAGUAAGGCCGCAAAGGGACUAAUUUUCAGUUAUGCCUACCAGCGACUUCUACCACUACCACGCUCGGCAGUGUUUCUAGGCAACCUUUUUUAGGUCGUGAAUUGACAAACUGAACCACGGGAACUGUUCGAGGGGUUCCAGUCAGGCUCUCCGCAUACCUUCUUCCUGUGUUGUAUCUCACAGAAGACUCCCAGAAAUCCUCAAUGCCAGACUUCACUAGGCGUGGAUAUGAAAAAUAACUGGGUAACAGUUGAAGGCAGUAAGGGCCUAAUCCACUCGACUGUUUCGGAUCUUACUGCCGUUUCCUCAGGGCAAACCAAUUUGAUCGAUAGCAGACUUUCCUUUUGUAGAUCUCCGAGAAUUGCCUUUUUAGACAAGAGCAUGCGGAAUUUGUCAGGUCGGACAGUUGUCCAAAAUAAGAAUGACGACGUAGUAACUAAUAUGCACUUGAUGCGUGCGUGACGGGAGCGUGAUCGAAAUGAGGAAGAAUAACAGCGCGCCGUUAGGACCCAUCGGGUUAUUGUGGAAGUGUCCACACCUGCCGUUAUCUUGACACACUAGUGAGUGCUGCCGUCUGUCAUGAAUAUUAUACUGACAUGACCACAUGUGCUAUUUAAAAAAACGGAUCACUGAUGGAGCACGGGGAAAUAAUACAGCCAGGAAUUUCCGCUUUAGUCAGCUUUUUUGGAAGAGACUUCUCUCAGAAAUGUUCACAUAUUCUGGUUGAUUGCAAUCUUUCUCCUCGGAGAGGAAAGAAGUUUAUGCUUUUGUAUCUACCCAUAGAACUACGUCUUUGACCUGUGCUUAUCACUUGCAAGGAAAGUCAAGAAAUCACUCAGGCCUAUUUCAGAUGUUUCCCAUUCUACCCUUGCCAAUAUUUAUGUUUGGCAACGAUUGAAAUCAAAUGCGCUGACAAUCGCACGAUUUUAGUUUCUUAAAAAAUAAAUGCUUUACCUCAGGAGGCUGUCCCUUCCAAUAACAAAUUUACCUGAUGGGUCCGAUACGUGAAAUAUGAUGUUUCCACGCGAUGACCUCAGCACACUCUUCACAAAUAUUAAGUUAAGAAUCGUCAUUUGCAGAGGAAACUUUUCCUAAAAAAAUUAUAUUUAAUGAACAGGUAGCAUACUUACAUUCGAAUACUCCCUGCGGGUGUCAAGUGCAAUCCAUAGCAUUGGCCAUCUCGAGUGAAACCGGGGUAACUCAAAAAUGCUGCUAUCAAACGAACGACUUUGCUUCAAUUCUGCGUUAACCUAGGUAUUGUAAGCUAACUGCGGUGGUCUAGUGAAUCUGGCUGCGACUGGAGUUUUUUUAUUUCAAUGAAUAUCCGGGUUGUUAAGUUUCCAUUAAUUUUGAAGACGCUGGUUUAGAAGUUCAAUCAUAUCACCAUUUCUAUAGCCAUAUCCAGUAAAAAUGCGAAUAUAACUUUCACAACAGCCAGGCGGCAUAUUCUGUGUCUUCUAUCGCAGACAAAUUGAUUAAGCUCUUUGCACCGAGUCUGACGUAAGGCGAUUAAAAAUUCAUGUGACGGCAAUGCUGACCUCUGGUAGGUCCAACUGGGCAUUGUGGUAUAUGUUGCGAGGAGUGCUCCUACUCAUACUAUAAACCGGGCAUGUAGAACGAAGUAAUUCUCUUUCUUGUGUUAGGUCCUUUAGAUGUUUGCCUCCACUCACCUAGGUAGCAUCAAUACAAGGCAUUUCUCUCCUAUUUCUGAAUGUCCAGUUUCUGACAGAUGAAAUCUCCGGAUGUACCCCCUUGGUCAUCGUCUACUUCUACUGCAGUUCAGAAAGUCUCUCUCGUUGA